AAUAAUACACAUAAAUAAAUAAAGAGUAUAUAUUUAACUAAUGACCGAAAUAAUAGUGGUUACUCACUUAUCAUUUUGGGUCAAUGAAUAAAUAAAAGAAACAAAGAACCAAGAUUAAGAGUUGUUGUUGUUUGAGUCGUCGUGUCAAUUAGUAAAUAUCUGGUCUCUUGUCCAUGCCGGCGCGCCAGAUUAGAUGCUGUUUCUCCGUGGAAUCGCCGUCGUCUUCAUUCUCCUCACCUCUUUCUCCGCCGCUCAGAACUCCACGUGUCCUCUGGACUUUUCCGUCCUCCAACCUUUCCGGCGUCCGAAACCCGAUGGCGCCACCACCUGCCAGUACCUCCUCCAAGGGCUACGCCUCCUUUACUCUCACCAUCUCCGUCAGACGGGUUCCUUUCUCCCGCCACCUGAUUCUGCUCCCUCCUGCUGGGCUGCUCUCCAGUCUUCCAUCGCCGGAUUCCUCCCUCGCUUCGACGUCCGCUCCACCUGUGGUUUCCAGACGCCGUGGAUUUCGCAGGGGUGCAUGAACAUCACCACCCGGUCUCAAUUCGAAUCCCUAAUCCCUAAUCCCUCCCUCACCACCACCGCCAUGCGCUGUAACACCUCUCUCGAGAGCAAUACCCCUUGCGCCUCCUGCACUCAGAGCCUCUCCGCGUUUCAGCCCUUUCUCACCGGACCUUCCCUCGGCAACGUCUCCGACUGUGCUUCUUUUCCCUCUAUCUACGCCGCUGCUUUCGCCAAUUCCUUCGGUCCCACCGACCAAGGCACCGCCAAAUGCUUGUUUCAGCUCGAUUUGGCUUCUCCUAGCUCCGGUAAUGGCAAACUCAUCACAAUUCUUGUUUCUUUAUCUGUCUUGCUCGUUGCCUCUGCUCUGGUUACCACCGCUUGCUUCUGGUACUGCCGGAGGAAAAAGAACAAGCCUCGGGAUACCAGUUUAGAAGCUGGCACGCAAUCUAGACUUGAUUCCAUGAGCGAGAGCACCACUCUUGUCAAAUUCAGCUUCGACGAGAUCAAGAAAGCCACCAACAAUUUCUCGCGCCACAACAUCAUUGGCAGGGGAGGUUACGGAAACGUCUUCAAGGGCGUCUUGCCCGACGGCACCCAGGUUGCCUUCAAGAGGUUCAAGAACUGUUCUGCUGGAGGGGACGCCAACUUCGCUCAUGAGGUCGAGGUCAUCGCCAGCAUCCGCCACGUCAAUCUCCUUGCCCUCAGAGGCUACUGUACAGCAACCACUCCCUAUGAAGGUCACCAGAGGAUCAUAGUCUGUGAUCUUGUCAGUAACGGUAGCCUUCAUGACCAUCUCUUUGGGGACUUGGAGGCUCAGCUUCCCUGGCCUCUUAGGCAGCGGAUCGCACUUGGCAUGGCCAGAGGGCUUGCUUAUCUACACUACGGCGCACAACCCUCCAUCAUCCACAGGGAUAUCAAGGCCAGCAACAUUCUCUUGGACGAGAGGUUUGAGGCCAAGGUUGCGGAUUUCGGGCUGGCCAAGUUCAACCCCGAAGGAAUGACGCAUAUGAGCACGCGGGUCGCAGGCACAAUGGGGUACGUGGCUCCAGAGUACGCACUGUACGGGCAACUGACUGAGAAAAGCGACGUUUACAGCUUUGGGGUGGUGCUUCUAGAGCUUCUGAGCAGGAGAAAGGCGAUUGUGACAGACGAGGAGGGGCAGCCUGUGUCGGUGGCAGACUGGGCGUGGUCGCUGGUGAGGGAAGGCCAGACACUGGAUGUGGUGGAAGACGGGAUGCCAGAAAAGGGACCCCCGGAGGUUCUGGAGAAGUAUGUGCUGAUAGCAGUGCUGUGCUCUCACCCUCAGCUCCACGCAAGGCCAACAAUGGAUCAAGUGGUGAAAAUGCUGGAGAGUAAUGAGUUCACUGUUAUAUCCAUACCUCAACGCCCAAUCCCUCUGGUUGCUUGUAGGGAAGAGAUUGACCGCUCUGUUAGUAGCAGCAGCGGCUCCGGAAAGCUCACUAGCCCCACGGGAUAUCAGGCCUUCUCCUUCGGAGGUGAUGGACCCUCAGGGAACACAAAUACCACAUAGAUGAGAUAUACGACGACAAGAGCUUGUUGGAAAAAGACACGAAAGAUACGGAGGUCCAUAAAGAUAUCCAUGUGUGCAACACUCCGCUCCGGUGAUCCCUCCGCUAACGUCAUUAAUCAACGUUGCAAUCACAUUUUGGUGGUGGGUUAUCUUAGAUUCUUUUCUUUUAUUUUUACUUGGAGUCUCUGCAAAUCUUUCUGAAAGAACUAACGAUCGAGUUGCAUAAGCAAGAUCGGUGGUCACGUGCUCUGAUGUUAACAAGAAGAAUAAAGACAGAUCUGACUCUCUAAUUGGUCUGCGUGAAUUUUCUGUCUUUCUUGGAUGAUUAAUGAAUGAUUCACAGCCUCACAGGAAUAUCAGAAAAA